AUGAAAAAGAAUGGCGAGAGGCUUGACGAUGUUCGUAUCAUGGAGAAAAUCCUUCGGUCACUCACAUCCAACUUUGAGCAUGUGGUGACUGCCAUUGAGGAAUCCAAGAAUUUGGAGACGAUGAGUGCAGAGGAACUACUAGGAUCCCUCCUAGUUCAUGAACAACGCAUUCAAAAGAAUGCAAGCCCUACAACGCUAGAGCAAGCUUUGGAGUCAAAGUUGAAUAUUGAUAAACCAAAUAGAGGUUGUGGGCAGUGGAACUCACGUCGUGGGAGUUCAUCCAACCGUAGCCGAGGACGAGGCCGAAGAAGAGGUCGAGGCUAUAUGAACAAUCGAGGUCAGUCUCAAGAGUGGAGAACUGCUCGAGGAAAGGAGCAUAUCCAGUGUCACAGUUGCAAGCAAUAUGGACAUUAUGCCAAUGAAUGUUCAUAUAAAAAUGGUGAGCAUGUCAACAUGGCAGAAUCAAGUAGAAAUACUGGUGAGGAAUUUACAGUCUUACUAGCAAACCAUGAUUCCAGGAAUCAACAAGUUGUUUGGUAUUUGGACUCUGGUGCAAGCAACCACAUGUGUGGAAAGAAAGAGUUUUUUGCCAAACUCAAAAAUGGGCCUUAUGGAUUUGUGAGUCUUGGUGACUCCUCAAAGUUGCUAGUUGAAGGCAAAGGAAAGAUCAAAAUCAUCUAG